AUGGAUCAACAUCAGAAUCAGCCUCAAGAUGGAGAGGGCAUUGGCCAAGGAGCUGCAAACUUUAGGCCACAACACCCACAGCGCCAAACUAGAGCUAUUGGCACACAUGAUGAACCCAAUAUCCAUGGGCAUAGAGCAGGCAUCAGAGCACCAGCUGUGGAAAACAACAACUUUGAGAUCAAGUCAAGCUUGAUAAACAUGAUCCAGAGCAACAAGUACCAUGGUCUUGCCUUGGAGGAACCACUAGACCACUUGGAUAAUUUUGAUAAGCUGUGUGGAACAACAAAGAUCAAUGGUGUCUCUGAAGAUGCAUUCAAGUUAAGGUUUUUUUCAUUCUCUUUGGGAGACAAAGCUCACACAUGGGAGAAGAGCCUUUUAAGAGAUUCAAUCACUACAUGGGAUGAGUGCAAGAAAGUUUUCGUCACCAAGUUCUUCUCUACUUCAAGAACUGCUAAGCUAAGGAAUGAAAUCUCUGGAUUUCAUCAAAGGAAUCUUGAAGGCUUUGGAGAAGCAUGGGAAAGGUUCAACAGUUACAUCUCUCAAUGUCCUCAUCAUGGCUUCAAUAUGGAGAGUUUGCUUAGUACUUUCUACAAAGGUGCUUUGCCAAAAUUUAGAAGCCAGCUUGAUACUGCUAGCAAUGGUUUCUUCUUGGGGAGAACUGAAGCAGAUGCUUUGGAGCUUGUAGAGAAUAUGGCUAAGAUUGAUUCAGUCUACAGUGAUGAGCAUGGUAGAAGCAACAGAGGCAGUGGAGGUGAUGAUACAAAUACAAAGAGAGAGUUGAAGGCUCUACAAGAUAAGAUGGAUUUGCUUCUUUCGGAUAGAGCCAAACAAGAGAAAGUAAACUUUGUUGGUGAGCAGAAACAAGAGGAGGUAGUUGUGGUUCAUGAAGUUGAUGGUCUAGAAGGUCAAGAAGAGCUAUGUUUUGUGAAUGCUAAUGGGACAUGGUACAAGAAGGAGCCUAACUUUCAGUACAACAAUUACCAACAAAAGCCCUUCUACAACAACCAACAAGGUGGUUACCAAGUUAGGCAAAACUACUCUCAAGGCUUCUCUUCCAAAGGAAAUCAGUCUACACAAGGCCAAGUUGGAUCUUCUACUUCUGCUCCACAAGAGAGUAGCACUGACGCAAUGUUGAAACAGAUCUUGGAGUCCCAAACUAGAAGUGAGAAGCACAUUGGAUAUGAGCUGAAGAACCUUCACACCAAAGUUGAUGGAAGCUACAAUGACCUCAACAACAAGUUCCUACAACUCUCCUCUCACUUCAAGGCUUUGGAGAAUCAGUUUGCCUCUAUGCCUUCAACCUCCAAGCGCCUGAUGCAUGACUUUUCAAGGGUCUAA